AUGCCGUACCCGACGUUGCUGCCUUACCUCCUUGAGACCCUGGAUGAAGAGAGGUCAAGGGACGAGGCCGAGCUCGUCCUCAAGGACGUCAGCGACGCCUUCGUCGCCCUGGAAGAGGGCCGUAAACAAUCGUCGUUGCGCAACUCGAGCGGUCCUACGCUGGACUUGCCGACGCUGCCGAUGCUGGACCGCUUCUACGACGACGUGGACACUGACGACGUCACGGCGGAUCGUCCGUUCCUCCACGCGUACCUAGCAGCGCUCUCCCAGAUCCGGAGCAAGGAACUCUUCAGCCUCGCCUACCCGAAGCAGCUGUACCCGAUGCCUCCUCCGGUGAAACCCCAGCAAACUCUUAAGGACGAAAAUAGGAAGCUUACUGAAGAACUUACCUCUGUAAAGAGAAAGCUGGUGGAACUAAAACAGUACAGUAGAGCUAACAACCUCGAAGUCAAAGGACUUCCACAAAACGCAAACGAGGUUCUUGAUGCGCUCGUCGUUGAACUUGGUACCCGUGUCGGAGCUCAGCUAUGUCCGUCUGACAUUGAUACUGUUCACCGUGUGCCUUCAAAAACCAAUGGCGUGCAAAAUGUAGUUGUGAGAUUUGUACGACGUAGCGUUCGGGACCAAGUCUUGCAAAAGGCAAAGAAACAUAGGCUCACGAGUGCUGACCUUGGUUUUCAUGGUACUGAGCCUAUCUUUGUGAAUGAGCAUUUGUGUCUCGAAAAUAAGAUCUUACUGAGCAAAACGAUUCGUUGCAAAAAAGAAAAAGGAUGGAAGUUUGCCUGGGUUUCUCAAGGAAAAAUUUUCAUGCGAAAAAAUGAAAACAGUGACGCUCUUCAGAUAACCUAUGAUAGUGACCUUUCCAGUGUAGCGUAGACGGUUAUCUGUCUCGAAACGGCAUUUACUUUUAUUUGUUUUUUAUUCAUGGCUCAGCACGUUUUCACGCCACUUGAAUUGUGUGAGUUUCUAGACGAUAAACGUACCGUUUCUGAUACGUACUUUCAUAUGAA